AUGAGCCCGACCGUCCCCCACUCGGCGACAUUCAUGUCGUCAGACUCUUCCAUGGCGGAAAAACCGCAAGACGCCAAAGUGGUGGAGGUUUCCAGUUCGAAGCGCUUCUCGGACGAGGCCAAAGAACCGAGGGUGGCAGUCCUGAGGAAGAAGUCUGGCUUCUCGGGCUUUGUCAGUGGCCUCGUCGGAUCGCCCAAGAAGCCCGUCAUCUCCGCACCCGAGAACCCCGUCCAUGUCACCCACGUGGAUUAUGAUAGCAAUACCGGCCAGUUCACCGGUCUACCAAAAGCGUGGCAAAGAUUAAUCAACGAGAGCGGAAUUUCCGAAAAGGAGAGGCAGGCAAACCCUCAGACUAUGGUAAACAUUCUCCAGUUUUACAAGGAAACCACAGAAAAGCCAAAGGAGGACCAAGUACUUGAGAAGUUCCACUAUGUUGCCGCAUCACCAGAAAUGCGCCAGUACAAUGGCGGGGCUCCUGGUGGCCAUGCGUUAUCCCCAUCACACUUCCCGCAACAAACUUACCUGGGCAUGUCCCCUAUGCUUAGCCCUCCCGCGAGCCCCAGAUUUCCCACAGUCAAUCAUGAAGGAAGUUUUGAAAAUCCGCGGGCGCCCCCUCCUGUGCCGAUGAAGGGCGCCGGCCCCGUGCCUCCGGCCAAAGACCCGAAUCUUGUCCCUACCCGGCCAGCACCAAAGCCGCCGAGCACCCUACAGCCGAGGGCCACGGGCCAGUCGCAAUACGCAACAAAGGAUUCCGGAAUCGGAAUGUCGCAGACGGGCGAUGUUCUCUCUCCGGUAUCCUACGUCCCACCGAAGGAGAAUGUGCCCAUGCUCCCAGAGGAGCAUCGCUCUCGGUCGAACUCGCGUGUCAACGGCACUUCACCCUAUGCACCUCAGGGCCCCGGUCCACAACAGGCCCAGGUACAAAACCCUCAAGCUGCGACUUACCAACAGCAGCUCCUUCAGCAGCAGCAUGAACAAGCCUUGGCUCAGGCCCAGGCUAUAUCAGCCGGGCAAAUCGGACGCGCGCCCAGUAAACGCCAACCCGCUCCUCAGCAGCCUACCCCUCCCACGUCACAGCACCAGACCCAGCGGAGCCCAGCCCCCGCGGCGCGUCCUCGGCAACGCCCUAAGCAGAGCAGUGGAAUCGACGUUAUCGCGGCGCUCAAGCGCAUUUGCUCAGACGAUGAUCCCCGGGAUAUCUACAGGGGAUUCAAUAAGAUUGGACAGGGCGCAUCCGGCGGGGUCUACACCGGUCACGAGAGGGGGACCAAUCGACUUGUUGCAAUCAAGCAGAUGAAUCUAGAGCAACAACCGAAGAAGGACCUUAUCAUCAAUGAAAUUCUGGUUAUGAAGGAUAGCUCUCAUCCCAACAUUGUCAACUUCAUCAACAGCUACCUUUGCGGCGGUGAGCUCUGGGUCGUCAUGGAAUUCAUGGAAGGUGGCAGCCUGACAGAUGUUGUAACGUUCAACAUCAUGACAGAAGGCAUGAUUGCCUCCGUCUGCCGCGAGACACUCAAGGGACUCCUACACUUGCACUCGAAGGGCGUCAUUCACCGAGAUAUCAAGUCGGACAAUAUUCUUCUUUCCAUGGAAGGAAAUAUCAAGCUGACUGAUUUCGGAUUUUGUGCCACUAUCAACGAUGGGCAAAACAAGCGGACGACGAUGGUCGGCACACCCUAUUGGAUGGCGCCCGAGGUGGUGACGCGAAAGGAAUACGGGCCAAAGGUUGACAUCUGGUCGCUUGGUAUCAUGGCCAUCGAAAUGAUUGAGGGCGAACCGCCGUAUCUUACAGAAUCGCCCCUCCGCGCACUGUGGCUUAUCGCUACUAACGGAACACCACAAAUUAAGGACGAGCAAAACCUGACAGAAGUGUUCAGGGACUUCCUCUACUGGGCUCUCAAAGUUGAUCCCGAAAGGCGUGCCAGCGCUAAUGAUCUGUUAAGGCAUGACUUUAUGAAGCAAUGCGUUGAUUUGAAGCACCUUGCACCUCUUGUUAAAGCGGCUCGUGAGGCGCGCGCGCAAGAGAAGGCUAGGAAAGGUGGACAGUAG